AUGCAAGCAACCAACAAUGAUGACAAUGGUGCCCAAAAACAAACUGUGAAGUCUCUAUUGCAAUCCCAAAGCCACACUAUCAACGAGCUCAUCGAGAAAUGUAAAUUUUUAAUUUUUUUUAUUUUUUGUAGUUUUUUGAGCAUACUGUAACUUAAAUUUUUAAUUUUUUGGCUUUUGAAUUUUUUUGUGCCUACUGUAACACAAAUUUUAAAUUUUUUUUAUUUAACCGUUAGACCAUGAAAUUAUGCUUGUUUUAAAGCCUUGACCCUUGUUUUAGUGAUCGAAAGCGAAUGGCAGCACUUCCAAUCCAAAGAAGAAGCGGACAAGUUCAUGAUCAACAAGACUGAACUAGCCAGUUCGAUUUUACCGUUCACAAAACUCUCCCUUCAACAUGUUUUUCAUUACACCAGGAAUGUGGCUGAAGCCUACGCUUUGAAGAAACAAAACAUUGCUAGAAUGAAUUCACCCAUCUUAUCGUCACCGGAUUCUCAGAACAGCUACAGCUCCUAUGAUAGUCCAUUGACUCCGAGUAAGUUUUUGUGAGAGUGGGGUAGGAUAGAAUGCGGUAGGAUGGACUACUGUAGGGUAGGGUAGGGUAGGGUAGGGUAGGGUAGGGUAGGGUAGGGUAAAGUAGGGUAGGGUAGGGUAGGGUAGGGUAGGGUACUGUAAAGUACAAAAAACAGUGCAGUGUACUGUAGAGUACAAUAAUGCAAGACAGGGUACUGUAGAGUAUUGUAGAGCAGAGACAAAUCAAGCUAAUUUUUUUCAGGCCGCUACAACCCAAACAUUGAGCAAAAGACUCCAGAAUCGAACUCGAAGCUGGUCAUGUACAAGGACCAAACUCCAGGAGCUGGAUCCUGUGAAGUGGCACGUAGAGCGAUCCACAAACGGCCGAUGAGAAAAGUCAAAACGAUCGACCAAAUCGAGAAACUCCGCCGAAGUGUCAUCAUUCUGACUGGCGAUUGGCUGCCCAGUCCAACUCGUCAUGCUACGGUUAUCGAUGCUAAGGUUGGAUCGCUGUAUGAAUUGGCUGAUCAGGUAGGGUGAAGGGUGGGUCUUUUGGCUUGGCAGAUAGCGUAAGGUUUAACAAUGAAGUUUAAGCUAAGCAAUUGAGUUUAGGCUUGUCAAAUUAUAAUUGUAUUUACCAAAGAUUACCGUAAGAUUUUCCUGAAUUACUGUAUUCUUUCCAGAUUUCCCGCCAUCCAGCCGACUGGACCAACGUCGGUCAGGUGAUGGUGUUCUGCGAUGCCGCUUGGUUUUUGCCAAAACUCAAUGUACCCCACGAUGUUCGUCAUUACGCGUUGAAUAUGCUGUUGGGCACGCUGCACGAUCGUUCCCCUCAGGCCAAGGUUUACAUGUGCGAACCGGUGCCAUUAAUGAUAAAUGUUCAACUGAUCGAAAACAUGAACAGGUUCAUCGAUUUUGCUCGGGGCAAGGCCAAUAAUGAUCCCAUGUGAGUUGGCUUAGGCUUUUGGAUGAUAGGGGAGGAUUAGUUUUUUGAAUGAGUUGGAAAUACAAUAGUUUUUGGAUGGGGCAUGGGUAAGAAAUUGGCAGAGAAAAAAUUAGGGUCGGACCGGCUUUAGGGCCCGGUCUGUUGUAAUUUGUCUUUGGCCCAUACUAUGAAUAGGGCUAGGUCUAGGGUUGGGCUAGUUUAACUUAUGAUAACAAAGGGUUAACUUGAAGUUAGGACUUAGGUAUGGUAACUUUAGUGCGAUUUUUCUUUAAGUUAUGAUAGGGCUAAAACAAAGAUGAUACAGAGUUACAGUAGCACUGCCUUAGAGUGCCAUAUGUUAGGGCUAUAGGCUAGGGUUCUGGGCUAGUGCUGUGUGCUAGGGCUCUAGGUUAGGGCUUUGGGCUAGGGCUCUGAGCUAGAGAUGUGCGCUAAAGAUCUGGGCUAGGACUAGGAUCACGGCUAGAGCACGGGGCUAGAGCUCGGGACUAGGACUCUGGGUUCGGGCUAACACUAAGGCUCUAGGCUAUUUAUUCAAAAAAUGCUUUUAGGUUCUCAACCAUUUCCUUGCUAGACACGAUCAAGCCCUUCCCCAACAAGACCCGCCCCGCCGAGCCCUACUAUUUGCGGAAGCGUGCGGCCGAACAAGUGGUACAAGAAAUGACAAGACGCUUCGAUUCGAUGGCUAGCCGUCUGAAUCGCCGCUACCAUCAACCAACACUAAUUGCUUCACCUAACUCGUCGAUGGUUUCGGUGUUGGGACAAUCACCAUGGAAGUCGGUCCCAACUCACAAUGAUGUGGACAAGCUCUGCUCCGACUCUUCCUUCCAUUCAACCAAGCCUGAUAGUUUUAUUUGA